UUAAUUGAAUCACAUUGUAUUAGAGAAAUUCACUAAACAUGCACAUAUAACAAAGUGGAUAUUAUAAACUUCAAAUAUUAGAUCAACUAUAUGACAUAAUGAUAUUCGCUCUCAUAUUUUAUCGGAUGACUAGUUUGACUAGUGGUUUAGGAAUGAAUAUUCAUUGACCUGGUGUUUUAGGAGAAUCUAGUCGUCUAGUUUGUAUAUGACUAUCUCUAAGGUAGUAGGUUAGGCAUACGCGCUAUCGCUUUUACUAAUAUAAUAAAAAAGUUAUGUUUUUUCUAUUGAUCAAAGAUGCAAGCUUAUUUAAAACUUAUAAUCUAGAAAACAUGAAAAUAAGUUUUUACUGUAUGCCACUAUCAUGGGCUCACUUUCGCGAAAUGAACUCUAAGCGAUCCAAAUAUAGCAAUUUGUAGCAAUGAUUAUUGUCGAGGAUACUUUCUCUUGCAUGUAUAAAACUAUCAUUAAUUAUAGCGCUUUUUUCAUAUGGGUUCUAUGUGAUUUGAAUACAGAAACUUAUAUGGUAUUAUCAUUGAUAGGUAGCGUUUUCUAUAAAAUGCGAAUAUAAUACUUACGUGCAAUCAUCAUUGAUAGAGAUUGUUUCUCAUAAAUGAGAUCUACGUAGGCAAAUCUAAAUUAGUUACGCUCUAAUUGAUUUAUUAGAAAAUGAUGUCACAAAAGUAUACCUUUUAAAACUAAGUGGGUUGUUCAUGUAAUAAAUUAAUAUUAGAUGGGAUCAAGAAUGAAAAUGUCAAUUACCCUAAAAAUCUUUGGCCCCUCUUGCAAAAUUGACCCUUCAUAGUUUGUUCCGUCCAUAUCCUAAAAGAAGUCUCUAAAAAAGGCCACAAAAUCCCCAAAACCCAAUCAAAUUUCUUGAGUACAACAACAAUGGCUGCCACUACAGCUGCUGCCAUUUUCACCCUUCCAAAGCUCUGCAAAUCCUCCAUUAACCCAAAAACCAUUUCCCUUUUUUCCCCAAAAUCCACUCUUUCUUCUUCUUUCUCCAUUUCAUCUGUUCCAUUCAAGGUACAUCACUCAAAGCGCACCGUACGACCCCUUUCAUACACCACUCCAAGAAUCUCCGCCGUCAUCUCCGUCGGAGACAAAUUACCCAAUUCCACACUUUCCUACUUCGAUUCAUCCGAUGAACUCCAGACCCUUUCCGUCUCUGACCUCACAUCUGGGAAAAAGGUUGUUCUUUUCGCCGUCCCAGGUGCAUUUACACCAACAUGUUCACAGAAACAUCUUCCUGGUUUCGUGGAGAAGUCGAAGGAACUAAAAUCGAAAGGGGUUGAUACAAUUGCUUGUAUUUCGGUUAAUGAUGCUUUUGUGAUGAAAGCUUGGAAGGAGAAUUUGAACAUUAGUGAUGAAGUUUUGCUGUUGAGUGAUGGGAAUUUGGAGUUUACAAAGGCAAUUGGGUGUGAACUUGACCUUACUGAUAAGCCUAUUGGACUUGGUGUUAGGUCUAGAAGAUAUGCUAUGCUUGUGGAUGAUGGGGUUGUGAAAGUGUUGAAUUUGGAAGAAGGUGGAGCUUUUAAUGUUAGCAGUGCAGAAGAUAUUCUCAAGGUUCUUUAGAGCUUUAGUUGUGUUUUUCUUUUCUUGUUUCUUUGUUUUGAGGGAAUGUUGAUGAUAAUCAUGAGGCUAAAAUGUUGUUUUCAAGUGUUUGAUUACUAGUCUUUGUGAUGAAUAAUACAGAUGUCUUCAACGAUUAUGAAGCUAAUUAGUUAAAGUACUGUUUUUUUUCCUGUUCUA